GACGAUUUGUCGCUGUUUUUGGGCGCAGAGACGGAUCAGUUCGUCAAUUGGUUGGCCAAUACUCUCAAACGACUACAACUCGCCAAUCAAUCCGACGACAAAACUGUGGCCCCAAUUGAAGACAAACCUGUGGCCAAAGAGUUGCCUAAAUCUACGACGAGUUUAGUUCUCACCAAAAGUAAAGCCAAACAUAAAAGAGUUAAGCGUUUGUCUGAAAACGACAAAAAUUGUGACAAUUCUAAUGAGACAAUUGAAGGCAAAGCAGAACCGACGACAACCGUCACCAGCAGUGCGAAGACAAACGUCGAAACAAUGGAUAAGGCGUUGAGCCCACAGACCAACGACACCAUUGACUCGGAUGACAAUAAACACGACAAACCGGAAACGAAUGACAGCGAAGUUGUGUUGCGAUUGAAUCCCGACGGCGGAGAUGUCGAUGAAUUACUACAGGAAAGUGAUGUCAACGAAGACAAUAAAGUUAGUCCUAAAAAAGAGGAGAUUAAAGAAGAGACUAUCAAUGAAGUGAAGACAACAUCCGUUAGAACAACGUCUUUGCGACGACAACCCGUAGCCACGGCUCCCAUCUCUUCGAUCGGAUCCGUUGUGUCUUAUAAAGCGAAACUAAUUGGACAACAAGAAGAUGAUGUGCCCGAAGACGUGCCUAAAAAGAGACCAAUGAUAUCGUCGGUGGCGAGUGUUGUUCGGCUGACUCAGCGUAAGCCGAGUGUUCCGAACGAACUUCAGGCCAAU